AUGGCGGAAAUCUGGGGUAGCUCUCCACCUUCUCCACCUUUCGUCAUCCUCUCUGUAGAUACCAUGAAAUCAGGCCCCUACCUCCCCACCCUCCCAGUUGAGCUGGUCGAGUUGAUCGCAGGCUUUAUCGAUGAAGAUAGUUUAGUAGCACUACGUUUAGUUUGUCGCAAGCUCCAGAGGAAAACGUUCCAUCACUUUGCGCAGCGAUUCUUUUCAUCCAUCAGGACCGACCUCUCGGGAGACAGUCUACGCCGUAUCAAUGCUCUCUCGCAAAACACCGCGUUACGGCCUUAUGUGAACGGAUUGGCCUUCAUGCUCCAAAAUGGGAUCGGUCGCGGCUUGAUAUGGGACCGUCAUCCAUGGGGUCCUAUCUCCGCUCCUCUCGAGGUCGAGGCGAUUCGCUCUCUGCGUGAUAAUUUGAUCCACAACUUGACUAAUUGUCGAUCAUUCUUUAUCUUUUGUCGAUACCCGGAGGGUCAUCCAGAUAUGAGCCAUGUCACCACCACGGACGCUGUUGCCGUGUUCUUUGCUCUGGUUGUCGAUUCUCUGCCGGUUUCGUCAUUCCAUCUUAUCUUUGCCAACUCCCGCUCCCGUACCUUGAUCAUGGACAUGCGUCGUCUUCCCAAGCUCCUCUAUCGUCAACCGGAGUUCAAGAUUGUGUGGGGCAAUUUACAAGAACUCUCUUUAGAACAAUAUCUCAUGUUGGAUAAUUUCGGCUUCCUGCUUGAGUUGGUUCUUAGCGCCCCAAACCUCCAAACCCUCCUGUUAAAGCUCGGCUCACACGACUUGGCAUCUGAAUUCAUGCAUGAACUGGCUGAGAGCGCCAGCUUUUCCCAACUGCGCGAAUUCGCCUUGUUCCGAACAUCCAUACGGGGCCCCGAUCUCCACAAGUUACUCGGCAAUAUCCGCCCAAAUUUGACUUCACUCACACUACACCAUGUUUCCCUAGCACCAGGGAGCGAUUGGACUCCAGUCCUCAAGGAACUGAGUCAAGGGUUUUUGGCUUUGCAAAGUAUCUCGUUAUAUUAUCUGUGGGACGGUACGCCUGCUAAGGGUCUCUUAACCUUUCCGGACAUUCCAAAGACACCUUCACUAUGCACCUCAAAGGGCCAGCAUCUCAAUAUAUUUUACUCUGAAGAUAUCAAAACACCCACUGUUCUUGGGGUCGAGUAUUCUGGGUCGGAGAUGUUACAUGUGUUGAAUUUGUUGCCGACAAAGACUGCAAAAGCUUGCUCACAAAUAGAGCAGGUUACUGCUAUGUGA